AUGUCUUCCCCACCAACACCACCCGACGAGAAGCAGACGGAAGAGCAAAAGCAGACCCAAAGAGACAAGGUCCUUGCCCAAGCAACCGCCAAGCUCCAAGAGGCACAGAAAGAGACCGAAGCCGCACAGGCGCUCCGCGAGCGGGCCGAGGCGACCGAGGACCCGGAAGAGAAAAAGAAGAUACUCGCCGAGGCGGCAGAGCACGAGAAAAAGGCACAGGGGUCGGCUAAGCAGUCGAAGCGGCUGCAGAGCGGCGUGUGGCAGGGCGGUAUCGGCGGCGCGGGCAUCGGAGCCGGGUUGGGCACGGGGCUGGGCGCCGGCGUGGGCACGUUAGUGGGGGCUGUUGUCGGCGGUGUUACGGCUAUUCCUACGACGGGUUUGGGGCUUUUGGUUGGGGCUGGGACGGGCGCGAUACAUGGGCCUUGGUACAAGUUGGAACAGGAGAAGAAGGAGGUCGAGGAGGCCGAGGCGAAUGGAGUGGACGGGGGAGAGUCGGAUGAUGGAGAAGGGGCUGAGAAGGCCGUCAAGGCCGGUUGA